CACCAGUCACACGGAGCAGGGGGAGGGGAAGGGGUUGUAGUGCUUUUCUCAAUGAAGACACCCCCCCACUCCCCCGCCAGCCUGAGCCUCCUCCCUCUCUCAAGUCAUUUGAAUAAUAAUGUCCCCUGGACACGCCAUUGGCUGGUGGGAGCAGGACUCAGGCGUGACGUCAGCGGUGGCAGGGUAAUACCUGGCGUGUGGCGGGUAGUUGGAGCCUGUAACAAAUCCUUGCACCGGCCGCGAGCGGGGCAGGCAGCUGGGAACCAGCGACUGCCACGAGUGGCGGCGGCAGCAGCGGCGGCUGCCACUAUAGACGGCGGGCGGCUGCAGCUCUCCGGAGGGGCGUGAAGCUGCUGAGCCCCUCACUCAGCCUCUCACCGCCUCCCGCCACGGACACUCGCCGCUGCCCCACACAUGGGAUGGUUCAAGGUGCCGAGAGGAGUAAGACGUAGGGAGCUGGCCGGGGGACCCAGUGUCUGAGCUCGUCCGCCCCACCAGCCGCUACAGCUACUCCCGAAAACCAGCAGCAGCUGGCCAAGGGGCCCAAGCGGAGGCGCUGGGGAGCCGGGCGUAGAGACUGAGGGGGACCCCCCAAACUGAGCUCCCUUCUCACCCCAGCAGCUGAGCCAGCCACGCCAGAAACCCACCAGGAUCCGUCCAAGGACAGGGCCAGCUCAGAGCUGCAGGCGCAGCCAGCCGGGCUGGCGCAGGGUGUCUCCGGCCAGUGACAGGGGAGGGGAAUAGGGAACAGGAGCUGGGCAGCUCCUGAAGCUCAGCGUGGGGUUUCCUCCUGCAAAGGGUCGGGCAAGAAGAAACGUAGCAGCGAGCAGCCGAGGCGCGCGGGAGAGACUCUAGCCGGGGAUGGGCUCAGCUCCGGCCCCAGGCGCAGCCCUUCCUUCCAGGGGAGCAGCCGAGCCGGGGCUGCCCGCUGGGGAAGGUGUGCGCUGCUGAGGGGGGAGCGGGCCAGCCCACACGCCUGUCGCCCAGCCGCACUUGUGAGUGGCCCUGUCGUGCAGAGGAGUGUGAGAAGAGACACCCGUCCCCUCGUGUCUGCACAUCGGGCUCGGACACAAGCAUCUGGUUAGCGGCGGGCUCCAGUGAGAGCGGACAGAGGCUCGCCUGGAUCUGGCUGGUGAUCGACUAGAAGGGACUGGCAGGAAUCCAGUGGGUCCCGGGCGUGCCUGAGCGGGGAGGCGAUACAGGGAUUCCCCUGGCUCCCUGCAGCUCCUGCUGGUGACGGAGUAGAGGGAUCCAGUGGCUCCCCUGAGCUCUUGCAAGUGAGGGAAUCGGGGAAUCACCCGGGAACCCCCGUGAAUCCAGCUAGUGACUGAGUCGGGGGGGAUCCCCUAGACCCCAGUGGCUCCUUCCCCCAUCACAUGCUAAUAUGAAAGCUGCCAGCCUUUCCCGCUUCUUUGUGGCCACCGUGCUCCUCUCCUUCCCCCCAGCCCUGAGCUUGGAAGAGAGGACCCCUCUCGCCGGCUCCCGGCCUGGGCAGCAGCUGCAGCGGGAACCCCCCAGCUUCUCCAGGCUCCAGAGGAAGAGCCUGGCGGUAGAUUUCAUCGUCCCUUCCCUGUUCCAGACCUACCUGCGGGACCUGCUGCUGGGCGGAGGGGAAGCAGUGGGCUGGCUCCGGGCGCGCUGCAGCCUGGUGCUGGAGUGCUCGCCCCUGCUUCGGGCGGCGAACUCCUGGCGUCCCAGGGCUGGAUCCCCGCAGCAGCCUGCCCGGCCUCGAGCCCUGUCCAAGGUGCUGAAAGGGGGCUCGGUGCGAAAGCUCCGCCGAGCCAAGCAGCUGGUGCUGGAGGUGGGAGAGGGGAGCCUGCGGGAGGGCUGCGCCUGGGACCCGACCCAGGCAGCGGGCGAAGAAGCAGAGCCAGCUGCGGGCGAGCUGGAGUUUAACCUCACCGAGCUGUUCAGCUGGUGGAUCCGCUCCGGAGAAGGAAGGCUGAGGAUCCGGCUAAUGCCCGAGAGAAAGGCGGCAUUCCUGGGCAGGGAGAGCAGCUUAUCCGCGGCGAUCAGAGCCUCCCAGCCCCGCCUGCUCUUUCAGAUCUCCAGGAGAGGUAUGAGCACUUUGGAAUCUCCCACAAAUAUUCCUUCUCUCUCCCCUGAUUUCUCUGCCUGGAAUUUAACUUGGGUCAUGAAAGACUCUUCCCCUUUCUUCCCUCACAGAGGACAACAUGUGUUUGACUGCAAUUUUGAAUUGCCUUGUGAGCUGGAAUAUUCUCCUCCACUGAAGGACAAAGAAAACCACAGCAGGACCUGGCACAGAGUGAGUGCAGAGGAGCUAAACCUUUUGGAUGGACCAGACAGAGAUUACUCUGAGGAUUCACCAAGAGGUUCAUUCCUGUUCCUCAAUACAUCAGAAAGCAUGAGCCCCAUCAUCUUGAGCCCCUGGUUGAGGAGCAGUAGUGAGCAAUGCACUAUUCAGGUGUCUGUGUACAGGCAUCUCCAACAAAGUGGGGACUAUAUUGCUCGGCUUCUCCCUGCUGACGAAAGUAGCAGUGAAAUCCUGUUGGCCCCAAGUCAAGAGAAACAUGGAUGGGUGCUUCUGCAGAAGAGAGUUGGACACCUUAAGAAACCUUUUCGGAUCUCACUGGAAUAUGUUGCUAGUGGGAACAGGAGUGUAGCUGCCAUGGACUCCUUUGCAAUGAAGAACUGCAGUUCAGGAUCUUCUUCUGGCUCCAAAAUGGCCCUACAGGGUUCCUUCAACUGUUGGAAUGGAACAGAAAUCAAACUGGGGCAGGCAUGUGAUUUCAUCAGAGACUGCGCAGAGGGAGAGGACGAGGGAGAUAUGUGCAAAAAGCUCCCCACUGGCUUUUACUGUUCAUUUGAAGAAGGGGACUGCGGCUGGACCCAGGGCUCUCCCACCUCUCUCGCUUCUCCAUGGCAGAUCGGAAACCUGGAGUACAGCCACUUCCCUUCACUAGAAGGCUCUGCACUCUUGCUGAGCACCAGUAAGGUCCCAGUGGCAGAAACAAUCAUCGUGACCAGCGCUGUGUUUCCAGCUCCAAUUAGGAAUUCUCCCUGUGAGCUCCGAAUGUCAUGGCUCAUCCACGGCUUCUUGUUUGGAAAUAUUUCCCUGGUCCUUGUCGAGAACAAAACGGGGAAGGAACAGAGCAGGACGUUCUGGCACUUCACUAACAGUGAAGGUUUGGGAGUCUGGCAGUCGAUGGUUUUAUCUCUUCCUGACGUGUCAGACAGGUUUUGGCUUCAGAUCAUUACUUCAUGGGAAGAAGACUCCGAUGCCAUUAUUGCUUUUGACAAUGUGUCUCUUAGCCUGGACUGUUAUCUAACAAUCAAUGGAGAGAAGACAUCUCAAGAUGCAGCUCCGGAUUCGAGCAAUCUAUUCAUCAAAGGAGACAGCCAGAAAAGGAUCAGAUUGGAACAAAAGAUUCUGGAGAGCCUCCAACUCAGCACUGUUCCCAUCUCUGGUCCUGCAGAUCAGUGGUUGUUCACCACAUGUGGUGCCAGUGGACCGCAGGGACCCACUCAGACCCAGUGCAACGAUGCCUAUAGGAACUCCAAUCUCAGUGUUAUAGUGGGGGCUGAAGGAAUUCUUCAAGGUGUGCAGAUCUGGAGAGUGCCAGCAACCAAUACUUACAGCAUCUCAGGCUAUGGAGCAGCUGGUGGGAAAGGAGGGAAGAAUACUAUGGUGAGGUCCCAUGGUGUGUCCAUAUUGGGGAUUUUUGACCUCCAAAAGGAUGAUGCCUUAUACAUCUUGGUGGGCCAGCAAGGAGAAGAUGCCUGCCCUAGUACUAACCAUGUUAUACAGAAAGUAUGCAUUGGAGAGAAUAACGUGAUUGAAGAGGAGAUUCGAGUGAACAGGAGUGUCCAUGAAUGGGCAGGAGGAGGUGGUGGAGGGGGAGGAGCAACGUAUAUAUUUAAGAUGGAGAAUGGAGAACCAGUCCCCUUGAUAAUUGCAGCAGGAGGUGGUGGCAGGGCCUACAGGGCCAAAACAGAUACUUUUCAUCCAGAAAGGCUGGAGAAUGAUUCAUCUGUUCCAGGGCUGAAUGGAAAUUCAGGAGCUGCAGGUGGUGGAGGUGGCUGGAAUGAUAACACUUCCUUCCUGUGGUCAGGAAAGUCCUUGCUGGAAGGUGGCAAUGCUGCAGCGGACAAUGACCCAGAGAUGGAUGGGGAGGAUGGUGUGUCCUUUAUUAGUCCACUGGGUACUUUAUACACCCCCGCACUAAAAGUGACAGAGGGGCACGGAGAGGUGGCUAUUAAGCUGCACCUCAACUGCAGCCACUGUGAGCUUGAUGAGUGCCGUGUUGAUCUGGAGACUCAAAAAGUCAUUUGCUUCUGUGAGCCUGGGACAGAUCUGGCUGACGAUGGCGUCUCUUGUGUAGCUGACCCCGGGGCUCAUCUCCCCCUCUCCUUGGUCUUGUCUGUAGUGACGUCAUUACUGGUUGCUGCUCUCAUUCUGGCUUUUUCCGGGAUCAUGAUAGUGUAUCGCCGGAAACACCAGGAGCUGCAAGCCAUGCAGUUGGAAUUACAGAGCCCCGAGUACAAACUGAGCAGGCUGCGCACCUCCACUAUUAUGACGGACUACAAUCCCAACUACUGCUUUGCAGGAAAGACCACCUCCAUCAGUGAUCUCAAAGAGGUGCCUCGGAAAAAUAUCUCCCUCAUAAGGGGUUUAGGCCAUGGAGCCUUUGGCGAAGUAUAUGAAGGUCAGGUGGUGGGGAUCCCCAGUGACCCCAGUCCCUUGCAGGUGGCUGUGAAGACAUUGCCAGAGAUGUGUUCAGAGCAAGAUGAGCUGGAUUUCCUCAUGGAAGCUCUUAUUAUCAGCAAGUUCAACCACCAGAACAUCGUGCGCUGUAUUGGGGUCAGCUUGCAGACGCUACCACGCUUCAUCCUGCUGGAGCUUAUGGCUGGAGGGGACCUGAAAUCCUUCCUGAGGGAGACACGGCCUCGACCGAGCCAGCCCUCUUCCCUUUGCAUGCUGGACUUGCUACAUGUGGCUCGCGACAUUGCAUGUGGCUGUCAGUAUUUGGAAGAAAACCACUUCAUUCACAGGGACAUUGCUGCCAGGAAUUGUCUCCUUACUUGUCAAGGGCCUGGAAGAGUAGCUAAAAUUGGAGACUUUGGAAUGGCCCGGGACAUAUACAGGGCCAGUUAUUAUCGAAAGGGUGGGUGUGCCAUGCUGCCAGUCAAAUGGAUGCCACCCGAGGCCUUUAUGGAAGGAAUAUUUACUUCAAAAACUGAUACAUGGUCCUUUGGUGUGUUGCUGUGGGAGAUAUUCUCUCUUGGAUAUAUGCCUUAUCCUAGCAAAAGUAACCAGGAGGUUCUGGAGUUCGUAACAAACGGAGGAAGGAUGGAUCCACCCAAAAACUGCCCUGGCCCUGUGUAUCGUAUAAUGACCCAGUGCUGGCAGCACCAGCCUGAAGACAGGCCAAACUUUGCCAUAAUACUGGAAAGGAUUGAAUAUUGCACCCAGGAUCCUGAUGUCAUCACCACUGCUUUGCCUGUGGAAUAUGGCCCAUCCAUUGAGGAGGAGGAGAAGGUUCCAAUGCGCCCAGAAGACCCCAAAGCAAUCCCUCCUCUGAUGGUCUCCCCACACCAAAAGAGAGAGGGUGACAAGCAGGCCCUGCCUUCUCCACCCCCUCUGCCUUCAGCCGUCACAGCUGGAAAACCUUUGGCAAAAGUGGCAGCCCCCGAGCCUCCGGUUCCUGUUAAUGUGCGAUCAGCCCUGGAAGGGGGACACAUCAACAUGGCUUAUGCGCAGUCCACCGCGGCUUCUGACCUUCAGAAAGGCAGGGGGUCCAGAAAUAAGCCCACUAAUCUCUGGAAUCCAACAUAUGGCUCCUGGUUUGCAGAGAAGCCUGUCAUCAAAAACAGUUCUCUGCUGGAGAAAGAGGUGUCCGAGAGGGAGAAUGUGGGGCACGAAGGAAACUGUACUGUGGGGCCCGGUGUUGUGACUAACAGGCUGCCAGGCUCCUCUCUGCUCUUAGAACCGUCUUCACUAACGGCCAGUGUGAAGGAAGUGCCUCUCUUUAGGCUCCGCCACUUCCCCUGUGGGAACGUCAACUAUGGCUACCAACAGCAGGGCUUACCCCUGGAAGCCUCUGCCCCACCUUGCGCUAGCAAUUAUGAGGACUCUGUCCAUAGAAACAAGGGCCACGUAGCCCAUCAGGGGCCUUGAGAGCCCUCUGCACUCUUGACUCUCAUUCUGUGUGGCUCUUGAGCUUGGAGAGUAUUGUCCUUGUCAGCGAGAGAGAGCAGACAGCGCUAACUUUCAUUAUGUGCCAACUAGCUCUAAAGUGCCACCCUUUGAAGCCGUGUUUUCAGAUAACCCAAGAAGCUUCAACUCAUCGGAGCCUCUACUACUACUACGAGAAAGGGGGGAUAUUAACGUUAACUGCAAGGCCCAGCUUUCGGUUGCAUAAACUUAUAUGCAUGGUCAUUGUCGUGUCGUGCCCUUCCCUGUGCGCUUCUUCUCAAUUGUGUAUGCUCCGCUUAAAUGUAAGGUCAGGCUUCACUGCCUGAGUAUUUCAUGUUUGGGGUUUUCCUUGCCAAGCUGCUGGUUGCUGUGGAAUGGGACACUUGAAAUCCCCUAUGGAUGGCAGAGGUUUCAGGUGGCUUGGGAAAGAACCAUUCAUUCAAAACAAAAAGGAUAAAACACCUUUGAAUGAAGACACCAGGGAACAUUCCCAAGUUGCGUUACAUCUGUAACGUAGCCUGCACCAGCCCUUGAAUAUGCAGUAAUUACGGUAUCAUUAGCAGGGCAAUGGAAGGAUGCCAGUCACACUGUCUGGUUUGUUAGUAAGAUGGGAAGUUAACUAACUGUAGAGGAAGGGAAUGAAGUGCAAAAGGAGGAGGAUUUAUAUUUUUUUCAGACCCAAAGCCAAGGAUGGCACUGGCCCUAUAAAAUUAUUUCUGUACUAUAGAAAGGAAGCACCAUGUUCUACAGGAACAACUUCUUGUUCAGUGGAAUUCAGGUGCAAUUUUACAGGGCCAGUCUUGUGUGAGAGAGAAGUUACAAAGGCCUUUAUAGUGAGAAGUCACCAGUAAAUGGAAAUACAAAGGUCUGAAAUGCCCUUUACUAAUGACUCCAACCAGAAGGCUUGACUUUUGACCCUCAUCUGGAUUCUAGGCAGUGUCUGCAUUUCACGGGUUCAUUACCCUUGUUUCUUUAACUGAAUUCGUGUAUGCUAGUCCAUUUAAAAACCCAAAGCUGCACUGCUGCUUUCUGUACACCUUGUGCAUGCAGCGGGUGUUGUUACAAUAUACACAGAAGAAUUGAAUUCAUUGUAAAGCUGUACGUUAAUAAUUUACAAUAUACUCCACUGGGGCUGCUGAAGCAGCAGUGCUGGCUAAAAUAUACGGUGCCUAUUUCCAUAGAACUAGGUCUAUCGGAGCAGCAGCGAAGGCAUAUAGAAAAGAUGGGUCUGCAUCCAAGACCUUUAACUUUGGGGGAGUGGUUCAGCAUCCAGUCCUGGAUCCAAACUUUGCAGUAAAAUCUCUAACGAAAGACAUCAGAGCCCCAGAUCAAAACACCCCAGGCUUUGGGGUGUCAGAAAAGGAUCCAAAGCUGAGGCCUAUGACCUGAGACCCUCAACUUUAAAGUGAAGUUCUUGUCUCUGCUCUGCCUUCCCCCACCCCUCUGGUAAAUAAUGCUGACGUCUUAGUAGCGUAAUGUUGAAAUUGUGCAUCAAACUUUUUUUUAAUGAGGCUUAUGUUAGCAGGUCUGAGUUGUGAAGUGUAAUGAUUCUGUGGGUGCUUUGGACUUCACUCAUCUGCUACUGGUAUGUCGCAUGUCAUGGCUGCAUGGAUUUCAUGGCUGCAGUGGGGGCCAGAACUCAGGACUGCCUGUGGCAAAUACAGAGGCCUCUUCCACUUGAGCUAAAAGGAUAGUUGUGAGUUAUAAGCGUAUUGGGGUGUCUAAUCCUCUCAGUGGCUUGCUUACGGACACUGGAACAGGGCUGCCAGUCCAUCUAGCUUAGCACUGUUGCAUUCACACUACUCUUGCUACUACAAGACGAGAACAACUCUUCUACUGUCUCAGGAAAGACAAUGUGUUCCAUGGGAGAACAAUGACUGAGCUUUACUGUGUACCAUCAAGGCAGGUUGCACUGCAAUAUUAUCCCUGUGGAACUGAAAUUUUCUUUAGACAUUUCAGCUUUCUUUUCCUUUUUCACAAAGGGUCCAGAUUAAUUUUUUUCAAGCAGACCCCAAAGGAAAGCUUUUUGCUUUCUCUCACUCCUUUCAAGGCAAGAAACCGCUCUACCAGCAUGUAUAGCUGAGGGCAGAACCGACUCUCAGGAUGAGAUUUCGGCCCAAAUGUCAGAGUCGGCAUUUCUCAUGAGGGUUCCAUGAUCUUGCAUAAUCAGUUUGACACAUCCACAUGGCCAGAAAUGAGCUGCUUUUGUAGUGUUGGAGCCAGUGCAGCCAUGGAACCACAGAGGUAGGUCUGAAUUCUGCUCCUGACAUACUUCUCCUGGAAGAGGUCAGAACAUGGAGUUGUGGCUUAUUUCUAAUACAAAAAUCUCAUCCCCUCCCCCCCCCAACCCCUAUUAUGAUUGCUACACCCACAGAACCCAUUCCAGUGUCGCUGUGCUCACGUCCCACCCCCCUUCCUGGGUUAGUGAAAACUCGGCAUUGCCCUAGUUCUCUGUUCCAGUGAGUAUAAAGACAUUUACCAAAUCAUCUUCUUUGGGAGCCCGUGUGCGCUGUUCAGUAUGCUGCAUGGGGCAAUGCCUGUCACGGUGACCUCCAGCCUAGCACUGCGUGGUUCACAUUCUGCCCUGUGCUACACAUAGCCCCCGCAGCCCGUCAUCAAAGGCAGAGAAUUGCAUUCAUGCUUUUAAACCCAUUGCUUAAUUGUAAGCCGCUCUGUAGUCUUGCUGCCAGUGUGUUUGCAGGAGCAAGGCUUUAAUCCCUGCACACGAACCCCAGUAGUGGGGUAAUGAAAGGAAACUUCUGCCUGAUUGCUCUGUGACAUUUCACACUCCCAGUAGUGCACCAGGGCCUGUUCACUUUAAAUUUUUAAUGAUAAUAGUCCUGUCUAAAGGGGUUGCAAGGUGGUGUGGUAAUAGCUCUGCUUCACUUGGAUUAUCACUGCUCUGCUUAGUGACAUGAUCUGCAGAAAUCAGUUCAGACAAGGAAUUAAAAAUGCAAUGGCUCAGGACAUGCAUAACAAGUUCUUUCCUAGCAGGUGAGAAGGGCAACUUAGCAGCCUGGUUUGUUACGUUUGUCGCCACACAAGGGCAGCAGGAUGAAGUUAGCUGAACACGUGAAUGGGAUGAAAAACAGCAGCUGGAGAGCUCAGUGUGUGCAUGGUGGUGCACUGAUUGUUAAAAAAAACCCUGAAUACCCAUCAAAGUCUUUUAUUUUAGCUAUUCUUCUCCCCCCCGCCCCAGUCUCCCUUGGAGGAUCUGAUGCUAUUCAGUGUUCAUAAGCCUAAUGCUGAUCCUACAGCAUUAGGCUUAAUUCCACAGUCUUUUCACUGGUUACUCUCGCUGUAUACCAGUAACAGAAGCAGCCUUAUCCCACUAGUGGGGGCGGGGGGGGGUGGAGAAUUGUAUGUAGAGGGGGAAAUUGAGGGCUUGCUUCAAGCAGGCUCAAUUUUAAAUGCCUGAUCAUGUGAGCUCACAUGAUUGGAGGACUUUAGACAUGUCAUGUCUCCAGGGAGUCCUAUCUAAAACACUAGAAUCUAUUUUACGCUUGUAACAAACUUUUGUCCAGAACCAAAGUCAGGGUGUCUAACAGUUAUAUAAAAUGUUCAUGUACAUAGUAUUCCCCAGUGUGGGCCUUGUGAGUCUACUAUAAACUAUCUCAUUGUAAAUGUCUUCAUUUGGAUAUCAUAUGUAGCUACCUUUUUGCUACAGUGAAAUGUAGGUAGCACAACAGCCUAUAAGACACGCAGGCUGAUGGAACAAUAACUACAGCAUUGCAGUAGGACAUUUAACACAAACUGGCUAAAGCCCAUGCGGCCUAGACCUAGGCAGUAGUGGUCUCUUGUAGAAUUUCUGUAGGUUCUAGGUGGGUGCUAAUGUGUGUGUGUAAGAGGGAAUGAGCUGAUUCCUGCUGAGCCUUACCCCUGCCCCCACCCCUUUUUGCUUGUCAGGACCCAUGUACCUCAUUAGAGUUGUAGGUUCAGGCAGCAAUAAGGUGAAUCACAACAGGGCGAGGAAGGGGCGAUGGCAGCGUGAGGGGGGACAUGGGCCAGACAGCACAGGGUAAUGGCCUUCAUCUGCCUUUAGGUUGCUCCACUUCCUGCUGGGACUGGCAGGGAGCUCAUUGGCAAGUUUACUUGAGGCCCCACACGUUGUUUCAGGUAGCUGAUUUCAGUUUAAAAAUGGUGAUGGCUUCAGCCUGUAAUGAACCAGUCAAGUGGCACAACCACCUGUAGCACCACCCGCUUCCCUUGCUGUGUCUGGGCAAAGGUGGUGCAUUGUAGAAAUGAGACCACAGAGGCUUGUGACAAUGCAUGACAGGAUUAGUCUUAACAAGAGUUUGAUUUUUUGCAAGCCUGGUCAUGGAGCUGACACCAUCAGCUUAGGAAGAAAAAAAAACUUGAAAAACUAAUAGCAUAAAAAUCCUUUACAGAGAUAAGACAUCACAUGUUGCCUACCCCAUAUUCCUCAAAGGAGCGUAUCUGCAUCCAGCUUUUCUGGUCUGUAACCCUGCUUCGUUAGAAUGUCUAUCACAGGUACAGCAGCUUAUGCAACACUAUGUGUAAAGGAAGGGCCUAUGCACUUCAGGGAUAUUAAAAGACAUACUAAUAUAUGGUCAUUGAGUAUUUUGUAUUGACUAGUGUAUUUGUAUUGUAAACAAGUGUAGUGAACCAAACAGCAUGAAGAUAAAUAA